AUGCUAGCUCCGAAUUUUCACGUCAACGCGCCCGUUCCUCCAGAUCCCGUAGAGAAGGCCCCAACUUACUCCCCAGACGAGGUUCCGUCGUGUGGCGGCCAUGGCACCCUCGAGAUUCUAGAGGUGACUCGAUACCUCGAAAACCAUGGCGUGGAGUGCUGUGUUGUUGGAAUAUCAGCGCUGAUGUUCUACGGUGCUGGCCGCGCUCGAGAUGAAUGGGAACUUUGUGUCCCUAACGAUAAAGUUAAUGAAGCCGUCUCUCUCCUCACGGCUGAUUCCAUGGCCUCCAGGAUUCACGCUAUACCUCCCAUACCUAUCCCACAACCUUCGUCGCUAAGCCAUACCUAUCACCGGUUCAAAGGGAGGGGCGUCCACUUCUACUUCCUUAUUGUGCCCGCAUACGAUGCCCAUAUACCCAGUGGGCCUUUCCGCAUACAACGCAGCUUAAAUGGUGUACCAUAUCCGACAUUACCUGUGUUGAUGCAAAGUUUCUUGGAUACGAAUGACGAUGUAUCGCUGUGCGAUUGUAUUGAUGGAUCAAACAUGUCAGAAGAGUGGGGGAUUCAACACCUGAAAUUAGACGGGACAAAUGAUUUAGAAUGGACACGAAAGAUGAACAUAGCGGCAGCGGAAGCUUCAAGGGGGAGAGGGUGGAUGUUCGUGCAUUAUUUCCCCACAUCAACGAUAAGCAGACGAGAAAAGUGGGAGUCGCGAGUACGGAAUAAGAAAGAAAGGUUGGGAUGGACGACACCGCAGGGUUUAUUUGAUACCCGUUUUCGAUUGAAGGGAUCUCCAGAUCCAUGGACACAGAAGCUUAUAUCAAGUUAA